AUAGAACCUCCGACAACACACGAAUUACAGUCCACCAGCCACAUAAUACACCUCCCAACGCGUACCAGUGCAUGGCUCUCUCGCCAUAUAAAGCACACCGCGAAAUCCGCACAUCCGCCACACCACACCCCUUCAUGAACUUCACCGGGCACCACCAAAGCUUAUAACCACGCUCCAUCCACGAACCCGGCCAACCCGAGGUCAACUCAACCACAACCCUCCCAAUGGCCUCCCUCAUCUCCACCAUCCGCGGCCUCACCAGCGCGUCCCCCGCAAACACAGCACCCCUCCGCACCUUCUUCUCCGCGCAACCCCUUGGUCUCCGAACCGCUGGUCGGCGGCCAAUAAGCAUAUUCUACUUCUCCGCCAACAGCGGCGCGCGCACCGCUCUGCGCCCCACGAAUCCCUCUUCGAAACUCCGCUUCCAGCCUCUCCGCUCGCGAUUCUUCCAUUCCUCGCGCCCUCGCCGCACAGGUGCUGCGGAAGCCGAUGCCGUGAAUGCUGCGAAGGACGCCGCCCCGAAAGCGCCCCUCACGCUGGGACAGCGCAUGAAGAAGCUGUCUCGCGAGUAUGGAUGGUCGGCGCUGGGUGUGUAUCUUGCGCUCACGGCGCUGGACCUCCCGUUAUGCUACUUGCUCGUGCGGUGGCUUGGCACGGACCGUGUGGGGCGGUGGGAGCACGCUGUUGUGUCGCGGGUGGCGCCGCUGAUACCGGUGAUUGUGAAGGAGAAGUGGUAUGUGUUUAAAGCGUGGAUGCAUAGUGCUGAGGAGACGAUCACGGGGAAUGAUGAUGUGAGUGAUGCUGUUGAUAUGGCCGGGUGGGGGGUGGAGGAGGCGCAGAGGCAGAAUAAGAAGGAGGCUAGUCUUGGGACGCAGUUGGCGCUCGCGUAUGCGAUUCAUAAGAGUUUUAUCUUUUUGAGGGUCCCGGCUACGGUGGCGUUGACGCCGAAGGUGGUUAAGGUGCUUAGGGGGUGGGGGUGGAAUAUUGGGAAGAGGUCGACGAAGGCGGAGAAGGCGGCGAGGAAGGCGACGAAGGAGGCGAAGGGGGUGAAGAAUGUGAAGGUCGUGAAGGAGUAGGG